UCUUCGCGCUAUCAGCCAGCGCCACUGGACCGCAGUUUCGUAUCGUAUUCCGACCAGAAUGGAGGUCAAUGUGAUGUACCUGGCCGUGGUACUGGCCGUAGUUGCCUACCUGUACCGUUGGAUAACGCGCAACAAUGGCUACUUUCACGACAAACCGAUCCCGUCGAUGGCCGUUACGCCGUUUUUCGGCGUUUCAGCACCGUUGCUGCUGCGGAAGGUCACGUUCCCCGAUUUUAUCGAGACGUUGUACAACAAGUACCCCGGAGUGAAAGUAUUCGGAAUGUUCGAAACGAUCACUCCGUUCUUCAUGAUCCGCGAUCCGGAACUGAUCAAGCAGAUCGCCAUCAAGGACUUCGAUCACUUUGUGGACCAUCGGCCGACGUUCGGGCUGUUCGACGACGAGAGUGCCGAGCACCCGAAUGCCCUCUUCCGGAAGACUCUGUUCUCGAUGACCGGCCAGCGGUGGAAGGAGAUGCGGGCGACGUUGAGUCCGGCCUUCACCGGGAGCAAGAUGCGGCUGAUGUUCUCGUUGAUGGGCGAAAGCUUCGACGCGAUGGUUGAUCAUUACGCGAAGAAGGCGGGGGCUUCGGGUCGGGUAGAGGUCGAAGUCAAGGACAUGAUCAGUCGCGUCAGUAUCAAUAUUAUUGCGUCGUGCGCGUUUGGGAUCAAGGUGGAUUGUUUCAAGGAACAGGAUCAUGAGUUCUUGUACCACGGUAGGAGGAUGAUGGAUUUUGGAAGGCCGAUUGUGAUUGCAAGGUUGAUGGCCAUGCGUAUUUUCCCGAAAUUGUCUUCGAGGUUGGGCCUUGAUCUGCUGGAUACGGAGCAAGCGGAGUAUUUCACCAAGGUGUUCCAGGAGACGAUCAAGGCUCGUGAAAGUCAUGGGGUCGUUCGCAACGAUAUGAUCGAUCUGCUGUUGCAGGCUCGCAAGGGUACGCUGAAGUUCCAGGAAGAGAAGGAUGAUCAGGAAGGGUUCGCUACGGUUCAGGAGUCGGACGUGGGCAAAGUGGACGUGUCGAAGAGUAUGUCCGAAGCGGAAAUGAUUGCGCAGUGUUUGGUGUUCUUCCUCGGCGGUUUCGAUACGGUGUCGUCCUGUGCCAUGUUCACGGUGUAUGAGCUGGUUCGCAAUCCGGAAGUUCAACAGAAGCUGUAUGAGGAGGUGCUGGAGACGAGCAAAGAGCUCAACGGAAAACCCUUGAGCUAUGACGCGCUGCAGAAGAUGAAGUACAUGGACAUGGUGGUGUCGGAAACUCUGCGGCUGUGGCCCUUGGCACCGGCUACGGAUCGUCUGUGCACUAAGGACUAUACGAUCGAUGAUGGUCAGGGUGUGCGAUACACGAUCGAUAAGGGAACGUGCGUUUGGUUCCCGGCGGCUGGACUGCAUCGUGAUCCGCAGUACUUCCCCAAUCCGGAGAGGUUCGAUCCGGAGCGGUUCAACGAUGAAAACAAGCGGAACAUCAAUCUGGGAGCUUACAUUCCGUUCGGUAUCGGUCCGAGGAACUGCAUUGGGUCCCGGUUUGCGUUGAUGGAGGUCAAGGCCGUUAUGUAUUUCUUGCUGCUUAAGUUUUCGAUCGUUCGGGGACCGAACACCCAGAUUCCGCUGCAGCUUCGGAAAGGGUUCACCAAUUUGGGCCCGGAGAAGGGAUUGUACGUGGAAUUGAAAUUAAGAUAAGUAAAUGCUAAGAAUUGAAGAAAAAUGUUUUGAAAAGUUGAAAUAAAGCUCGUCUUAUUAACCUUGAA